AUGUCUACAAAAUGUCAUUCGGACGCUUGUUUGCCUAACUUUUCGCAUGACUGAAAGCGUCUGAUGAUUAAGAUUUGAUAGGGGGCGAUACUAUCGACGCAGAAAAAGACGAUCGAUUUUCGUUUCUGUACUUACAAUGUACAAUGGAAUAGGUCUUGAAACUGCCAGGGGAAGUGGUACCAAUGGUUAUGUCCAGAGAAACCUGUCCUUUCUAAGGAAACACAAGGACCGCGUGGACUACAAGUCUGAGGAGGAGCUGAAGAAGCUCGACGAACAGCUGAUCAAACAGCCCAACAAAGAAAUCCUCGACCAUGAACGAAAGAGGAAAGUGGAACUCAAGUGCAUGGAAAUGCAGGUGCUCAUGGAGGAACAAGGGUAUUCAGCAGAGGAUAUUGAGAAGAAGGUGACCAUGUUCCGAGAAAUGUUGGUCAAUAAGGAGGGCGUGUCGGAACCUGUAGUGGACAAAGAUGCAUCAGGCCGACCCAUAGCGAAGGAGAGCCACCAGAUAGCCCAGGCUACCGCCGAGAAGAAUGCCCGCCUUAAAGAGGCGUUUGGAAUCGGGGACAGCUACGUAGAUGGCUCGUCAUUUGAUCCAAACCGCAAGGCAAAAGAGGAACAAGCCAAAGCUGUGGCGAUGGCUCAAAAGAAAUAUGCAAUUGUCAGAGAAUCCAGUUCUUCAGAGCGAUCUCCAUCACCACCACCAAAGAAGAAAAAGAAAAAGUCUAGCAGAGACGACAGCCGUUCUCCAGAAAGGAAAGAGAAAAAGAAGAAAAGUAAAAAGCACAAACGUGAUCGUUCACAUCACAAGAGGCGUAGACGGCGGCGGCGGGCUCGCACCCCUAGCCCUGUACACUCACACAGGAGUUCUAAGGAUGGGUCAGUCGACAGGGAGAGAAACAACAAUGAGACUGAGAAGAACAAAAGGCUAAAGUUUGAAAAUCAAAUCAAAGAGGAGGAUGCUGGGAGGACUUCUACGUCAUCAUCUAGGAAGCUGUCUCUAUCUCCCACACAGUCCCAAAGUCAGUCCCCAGCAAGUACGUAUCUUGAUGAAAGAGCAGUGAAUAACUCUUCCAAACCAAGAGAUUCUUCACCAUUACGAAAUCCCCAAAGCCAAUCAAUUACAAGACUCCCUCCCCCGUUACUCGCAAGUCUCCCCGUCCCACAAGAUUCCAACCCCUCACCCCACCAAUCAGGUAUCAAACCCCCUCCCCAACCAGGGGAAGAUCCUCUACAUACACACCAGACAGGAAAAGAGGCUCGUCUCAACAUAAGUCAAGGUCACAUAGUCGUUCAAGGUCACACAGCAGGUCAAGGAGAAGAAGGAAUUACUCGUCGUCCUGUAGUCCCUCCAGAAGUUACAGUCGGAGCGUGUCUCGGAGUCGAUCUCGGCGACGCGAGUCCCGCAGUCCCUCCAUCCGACGCAGGAAAGGAUCCCCCAGCCAUCUGGACAAGCGGAGAAUCACAAGCGCUAGAAAACGCCCCGUUCCAUACUAUCGCCCCACACCGCCCAGUUCCAGCACGGACAGCGAUAUGGAUGACUGGUUCUACCACCACUACCGCCGCUCCAGGAGCCACUCCCGCCACCGAAAAAGGAGUAGAAGUGGCAGUAUACUGCACUACCGCCACCGCAGCAGAAGCAUAGCUAGUGACAAAGGCAACUAAUGUAUGUGGCAGUGUAUUCUGCACUACAACCACAAAAGCUUGAGCAUAGCUAAUGCCAAAAGCAUCUAGCAUCUGUGGAGGCAGUAUACUGCACUACAGCCACUGAAAACUAAGCAUAAUAAUUGACAAAGACUUCUAUUGUCUGUGGAAGCAGAAUGCUGCACUACUUCAGCUGAAGUAUAGCUAGUGACAAAGGCAUCUAAUGUCUGUGGCAGUUGUACUGUCAUUAUUUAUGUACUAUUUAUUCUAGCCUUUUUCUGAGUUGGUAUCACUUUUCAAGGAGUGGUAAUAAAUCUCUGGAAUUGUGAUAUUCUUGUCAAUACCCAGACAGUGGGGCUUUUUGUGUUAUAUCACUGCAGGGCUCUCCUGAAGUGCAAAUAUCUAGAAGUGUAUUCAGAAUUUAUUUCCUAAAAACCAAAAAUGAUACCAAAGAGAUAUGGUUGUCAUAUCCAUUUUAUUUUUUUUUUGUAAAAUGUAUGGAAAAAUACUGGGUUUUUAUCGUAUUUUCUUGAUGACCAUUACAGUAACUGUGUGAAAUGUAGAAUUACUACAAACUAAUUUCCCCAUUAAUAUCAGAUUCCAUCAGUUUAGAUUUUUAGUGACUAUAACAUUGCCAUUGCUGUUUUAGAAAGUUGAAAGAAUGCUAUGAAUAAAGUGUAAAGCUCUUUCUUUUUGGUGCAAAAUCACCAAGAGGUAUUCAGGGAAAUCCAAAUUAU